AUGACGGAUCCCGAAUGCUCCAGCGAAUCACAACCCUCCUACACACAAGGCAGACGCCGGCGCGAACCUCACACCACAGCCACUAGAGCCAAGAAACGAAUUGUCACACCGGCUAGGAGGGAGCAGAACAAGGCUGCCCAGCGGGCCUAUCGAGAGAGACAAAAGGGCAAUCCAAAGUCCAAUAUCGCCCCAAGCGGAAAAGUAAGGAGCCUUGCGCCUCGACCGUUACCGGGUUCGUUGCCACCUAGAUUGUCUGAACCCCAGAUAUCCGAGAAUGUACCAAUUUCAAACUACCAAGUGAAGACUGCUUCAGUAGACGACGAAACCAGCACAGGUACAGCGCUCAUCCGAGGUGCCGAUCCGCUCUCAAACACGCUCCAAACGAUGGGAGACACUAUUUGGCUGGCAGUUCUCAACAAUGCUCUAUGUUUGGGCUUUGAUCUUCAAAAGCUUGCAGAAUGUAGUAACUCCUACAUGUCACCAUUCUACAGACCCAUCGCAACACAAGAUAGUCCCCGCGAUGUGGUCGCUUCCACCCUUAAUACUUCAGUCCCCAUACAUUUACAACCGACCAUGGCGCAGAUCCUCAUUCCACAUCAUGCCAGCCUGGAUCUGAUACCCUUGCCGUUGCUUCGUGAGCGCGCCAUCAUGAUGACUUUUGCUAUGCCCGAUAUCUUUGAUCUGUGGGAGCUCAAGUUGGAUAUUUAUACUCGGCGUGCUCUUAUCUGUCGGCGAUAUCUGGAGAAUGGAGAUUGUCAUCCUUGGGACUCGAGGAGCUGGGAAGCCAAGCCUUGGUUUAUGAAGAAGUGGAGCAUGGCCAUCGAGGGAUAA